AUGACUUCUCAAGAUUAGGAAGAUGGACUUUUCAAUUAUAUUAUUGAACCUAUUGGCAACCUAAAUAAUAUUUUUAUAAUGCUUGCUUAUGUUUUCAUAGUUUUAAUAGUUUUUUAAAUAAUCUAAUACUUGAUGCGGAAGUUAAUAAAAGAAUUCAAAAAACUAUUUGAAAGUUAUGAUAAGAUGAUAAAACAACUAUAAUAACAAUUAGAAUAGUAAUAAAAGAUUUGUUAAAAUAAUCAAUAAAAAAUUUUGAAUGACGAGUAAUAAAAAUAAAUUAAGGAUUUUUUAGAAGUAACAUUAAAAGAAAAAUUGUCAUCAAUAAAUUGUUCAUAAAAUAAUACUUUUUAAGAUGAAAUAUAAAAAAUAAAUUAAACUAUAUCUGAGUAACAACAUAAAAUAGAAUAAAAUUAUCAAUAAAUCUAAGAUGAAAUGAAAGAAAAAGGACAAAAACUCUUUUAGGAGGAAAUAAAAUAAUUGAAGAAUUAAUUCUCAGAGUAAAAUUAAUAAUCCUAAGAAGAAAUAAAAAAAUUGAAUGAUUAAUUCUCAGAGUAAAUUGUAAAACUAAAUUAAUAUUCAUAGGAAGAAAUUAAAAAAUUGAAUGAUUAAUUGAGUAAAUUAAAUUCGGAAAUAAAUGGAAUGAAGGAAGAAAUAAAAAAAUUGAAUAAUAAAUUCAAUAAUUAGAAUUUAGAAAUAAGCAAAAUAAAUGGAAUUGAGGAGAAUAUAAGAUAAUGGAAUGAUUAAUUGAGUUAAUAUAAUUUGGAAAUAAAUGGAAUUGAGGAGAAAAUAAGAUAAAUGAAUGAUAAAUUCAAUAAUUAGAAUUUAGAAAUAAAUAAAAUAUUUGGAAUGGAGUAGGAAUUAUAAAUAUAAAGAAGCGAUAUUUAGAAAUUAAUAACCUAGAAUGUAAAUAAAAAUGAAAUUGAUAACUAAAACAAAUAAGAUAUGUUAUAGGUUUAAAGUAUGUUAUAAGCUGAAAUAUUAAAAUUAAAUAAUGAAGUUUAAGAUUUAAAGAAAAUUAAAGAGUUUAAUAUUUAGAGUGAGUUUUAAAGAAUUGAACAAAAAAUUGAAAAUAUUGAUUUAGAAUAAUAAAAUCUCAUAAAGAAAAGUUCAUUAAUUUUACCUUCUCCUCCUAAACCUCCAUAAGAUGUUAUCAAUUUUGGUGAUACCAUAAUAUCUAGCCUUUAUAAUAAAACUUGCAGAUAGCGAUUUGUGGAACCUUUGUAUAGACUUUUUGUUAGUGACAUUCUAAGCACAGCUGAUUUGAUUUAAGAAUAUGGAAUGAAUAAAUUAGAAAUUAAGACCCAAUUAAAGCAAUUCUUGGGUGGAAUGAGGAGAUCAAGAGGAGAUGGUAAUUGCUUUUAUACAUCUUUUGUAUUCUAGUAUUUAGAUUUUAUGAUCAAUAUGACUAAAAAAGAAUAAUUUUAAGAAUUAAUUUAAUUAAUACAAAGGCUACCAUUUGAAAUUUUUUUUGAAGAUGAAUAAUAUAAUUAAAAUGAUUUUGAUAAUUUAAAAGAGAAAUUUAUUAAAAUAUGUUAAUAGCUAAGAUAAUAAAAGAAAAUGGAUAGAUAAAAAUUAUUUUGUGAAUAUUUCAAAGAUGAACAAAAUGAAUUUUAUGGUUUAUCAAUUGUAUUCUUAAGAAAUUUAGCUUUUAAAUAUUGUUCUGAGAAUGAAUAGGUUAGUUCAAUAUUUUAAGCUUAAGGUUUGAAUUUAUAAUAAGAAUUAUUACAAUGGGAAUUCGAUUGUUAGAGUAAUGAAGCUAUUAUAAAAUUGUUGAGUGAAAAUUUAAAUAUGUAGAUUUUAUAUUUUAUUUUAGUCAUACAAUCUAAUUUGCAUUUGCACCUAAAGAAUAAACUUUAAAAAUUUUAUAAUAUAAUGAAUGUCCUGAUCCUAUGCUUAAAAUUUAUUUACUAUUUCGACCUGGACAUUAUAACAUUGGAGUUCCAAAAUAAAAAUGA